AUGGCCUAUAUUCUUAUCGAGUACUCGAUGAUGAUUCAAAAGGCUUCUGGAAAUGACAACUUUAUUAUAGAAAAGAAUACAGUUCGAGAAAACUAUAAUGAGAUCACCAAAAAUGGAAUCAAUUCACUUAAGAAUUUACUGGACAAUGCCAAUCGUCAUCUAUGGCGUUGUGAUCCCACGGAGAAUAUACCCAACGUUACUUACGAUGUGGUUACACGACUGCUUCAAGGAUACAUUGAGAACGAAAUGAAUCUAAACAACGGUGCCUCAUGUUUUCAGACUUGUGAAUAUUAUCAGAGCACAACCAGCAAAGGUUGCUUCGAUGAAGAGUUUUGCACUGAACAACCUAAAUGCUCGGGUCGCAUUCACGACUGUCAAUUUGUAGACUCGGUCCUAUCAGUAUACCAAUCUCCAGAGAACAGCACUCGUCGCUAUGAGUAUAUUGAAUACGGCGAAUCGAAAAGUUUGGGAACGUUCUCUAAUUAUUGGAGUAAAUUAAAUAAGGUGGAGAGCUGGAAUAGAUGGAUUUUCUUUGAAUGCAGCUACUGCUUCUGUCUCUGUGAUGAACAAAGCCCAAAGUCGGAUCCCUACUUCAAUCAUCGAGAAACAUUAUCGGAUGUCAAUGCAAACAAAGUGGUGACUGGAGUGAGGUUUGUGAAGAGGAAUCGUAUAUUUCAUUUGCAAAUCCAGCAGGGAGAACUCUUGCCUCGUGGUCUCAUCAACGAAUCAGCUGUGGAGUGGAAACCAGUCGAAAACUAUGAAAUCGAUUAUUUGGAGUUUACCAACACUGGAAUGUUGGCGGAUGUUGCUCAAUCGACAAUUCCCUAUAUUGAUAUACAGGAUGUCGCGUCCAUUCCACCAGUGGCUUUAGCUGGCAUCGGCAUCUACUACAAAUAUAGAGGGUUGAACGGUGGUUUUGUGGCACCCCAGAUCAUCAGCUACGACCUUUCUCCUCACUUCUCGUUGAUUCCAAACUGA